AUGGACGUGGAAACAGAUGACACGUUGAAACCGACCGAUCAGAAUGUCCAAGAUGCUCACGACCUCGCUGCCUUUGGGCACGACCAGACUCUGGCGCGAAAGUUCAACAUUUGGAGCAUGCUAGCCAUGGCCUUUUGUGUUUUGGGAACUUGGUCAACCUUUGCUCAAGAUUUAUCCGACGGUCUCAUCAAUGGCGGUCCCGUCUCGAUUCUCUGGGGUCUCUGCCUCGUCUUAUUCUGCAAUAUGUGUGUGGCCGUCUCACUAGGGGAGAUUUGUAGCAGCAUGCCGACGGCCCUGGGCCAAGCGUAUUGGAUUUACCGACUGUGGAAUUCGCGUUGGGGACGUUUCACCUCAUACAUGUGUGCCUGGAUCAACGUGUUUGGAUGGUGGACUCUGGCCGCGUCACAGAUUGCCUUCAUGACCAAUUUCUUGCUGGGCAUGAAAGUCAUGUUCGCUCCGAAUUGGACUGGGGCAUCGACUGGAUGGCUCGAGUUCGUUGUCUACAUUGGAAGUGUGUUCGUUCUGACACUGAUCAAUGUCGUUGGAUGUCGCAAAGAGGCAUUCCUGCCCUGGUUGAACAACUUCGUGGGCGUGUUCUUCUUCGGCUUGUUCUUCGUGUUUUCUCUGGCUCUCCUCAUUUCCGUUGGAACCAAGUCAGGGCUUCAAUUCCAGCCUGCUUCCUUCGCCUUCGGCAAGUGGAUCAACCAGACAGGUUGGCCGGAUGGUGUCGUCUGGUUCAUCGGGCUGGUACAAGCAGCCUAUGGACUCACGGCCUUUGACGCGGUCAUUCACAUGGUAGAAGAGAUUCCUGCUCCACGGAAGAAUGCCCCCAAGGUCAUCUACAUGGCCGUCAUCACUGGAGCAAUCAGCGGCUUCAUUCUGAUGCUCGUAUGUCUCUUCUGCAUCCAAAAUGUGAACAGCGUCAUCAACUCGCCCACCGGUCUACCAUUCAUGACCCUCUGUCAAGAAACCGUCGGACAAAAUGGCGCCGCUGUUCUCAUGGCUCUAUUUAUCUUUAACGGACUCGGCCAGAGCAUCAGUAUCCUUACCACCGCAUCCCGACUCACCUGGGGCUUUGCCCGUGACGGCGGUUUACCAUUCAGCCGAUACUUAUCCGAAGUCAGCCCAUACUGGAAAGCACCUGUGCGCGCUCUCUGGUUUCAGGGCUUCAUCAUCGCCUUGGUCGGGAUCCUAUUCCUCUUCGCUCAAACAGUCCUGAACGCCAUUCUGAGCGUGAGUACCAUCGCACUGACCAUUUCAUACGGCUUACCCAUUAUCACCGUGAUCAUGGUCGGGCGCGAUAAGCUUCCUGUGGGAGGAGAAUUCCAUCUUGGAAAAAUUGGCACACCUGCGAACUGGGUCUCUGUGAUUUAUUGCAUGAUCACGACAGUUUUCUUCUUCUUCCCGAGUUAUCCUAAUCCUUCGGGCGGUGAUAUGAACUAUGCCAUUGCUGUCUUUGGCGUGAUGCUUGUUAUUGCGUUGGGAUUCUGGGGUCUCCAGGGCAAGAGGACUUAUUUGAAUACCGAGGAAGCCGCCAUGGCUCAGGUUAUCUUGGCUCAGGAAGAGAUGGCAAAUGAUCCUGCGGUUCCUCCUGAGCCUAAGAAGGAGGAUAAAUGA